UGUUUUUUUGUUUUUUGUUUUUAUUUCCCUUGGCUUUCGCUGCUCCGCACCCUGCGACGGCGCCUCCUACUCGCUACUUCUUGCGAUUCUCCGCUUUGCGUGUAUCCCCUACUUGCGCUGCUGUUUUCCUCUGUUAGAUUUCGAGUAUCACUAUUUUUCUUUACUGUAGCGAGUGAGUUGUUUGUCCAGACUCGAGUGUGUUUGUGUAUCUGUGUGUGUGUUUUUUUUGGUUUGUUUAUUUUUAUUUUUAUUUUUUUGGUUCGAGUUCGUUAAGGUGUGUGUGAGAGGUAGGGCUUAAUUUUCAUGGGCUUUCUUCGGGAGAGGCCCAUAGUUACGUCCUACGAAGAAUGCCACGACGAUGGCUGCGUCAUUUUGCGCAAUGGAUUUCACAGCGCGCAGGGGCACGUCGUGGAGGAGUGGGUGGAGGAGCUUCAUGCUGGAAGCGAGGAUAGCAGCGAUGCAUCCACAAUUGCGUCCGUGGAUGGAGAUCCAUUGAACCUGUUGGACAUGAUGUCCGCGGUGAAGGUUCUGUUGGUAGGGCUGGGCGAAGAUGUCAACCGCGAUGGGCUUCUCAAAACACCAUUGCGUGUGGCGCAGGCAUUCCAGGACGCUACUAGAGGUUAUCGGCAAUCAGCCAAAGACGUGGUAGGAGGAGCUCUCUUUAUGGAACCUGGAGCAAGCGGUAGCAAUGGUAGUGGAGGUGGUUGCGGAGGCAUAGUAGUGGUUCGGAACGUGGACCUUUUUGCUCUGUGUGAGGCUUGUCUUCUACCGUUUCGUAUACGAUGCCACAUAGCUUACAUUCCCGUUGGAGAGCGUGUAGUAGGGCUCAGCAAGCUUCCUCGCGUGGCAGAGAUCUUUGCGAAGAAGCUGCAGAACCCUCACCGAUUCGCCAACGAAGUUGUUCUCUCUUUGACGGAGGCACUUCAACCGGAGCCAUUGGGUGUAGCCGUAGCUGUGGAGAGUUGGCAUCUGCAGUGGCCAGGUGCCAAGGAGAGUGGCGUCGUGGCCGAUCUGGAGAGUCAUGUGGGCUGGGUUUCUUCAACUGUGUAUGCUGGCACAGGGCAGUUCGAGGACAAGAGUGGCGCGCUGUGGGAAGAGCUCGUAGCCCUUCUCCAGCUGCAAUGUCACAGUGUCGAGAACCGUGCUGCUCCUAAAGUAGGGAUAGAUGACACAAAUCCGUCUGGAUGUCCAUUUGCUCAUUUUGACGCGUUGCCAUUGGAAAAUGGGGACACUGCUGUGCUUCCGCAGUCCUGUAAUGGGUGCAGUGAAAAAGAUAUCUUCGGCAAUGGCUUACAAAAGACCAGUCGUACGUCUCGCUUCGAGCUUGACUGCACCGUGCCUGCCCUACCAGAUAUGGUAUCAGCGGUAGAAGCCUUAUUAAGGGCCAUAGGAGAAGAUCCGAAUCGGGAGGAACUUCGUCUUACGUCCAUGCGAUUCGUGCGAUGGCUUCUGACAUCCACGCAAGGCAGUCGAAUGGGAACCCCUGGUUAUCUAGAUUUAAUGUCAGGGUUGCAGGUAUUGACGUGCGAACCGGACCUAGUCUCUAAUUCUGGGCUUGUAGAGGAGGGCAUCUCCACGGCGUUCGACUUCCCAUUUUGCUCACAGUGCGAACACCACUUGCUCCCAUUUCUGGGAGUAGUGCACGUAGCCUAUUUGGCCCAGCGGCAAGGACGAGGUAGGAGGCAGCAGCUGGACAGAGACAAUGUGCAGAGAGUGGUGAGAGGCUAUAGUCUUCGGUUACAGGUGCAAGAACGCCUGACCAGGGAGAUUGCGGAGGCCAUCGGGGGUUCAGUGAUGGUGAUGGUUGAAGCAAGUCACAUGUGUAUGCUGUCACGGGGUGUGCAACAAGUAGCCUCCUCCACAACCACGUACGCGUCACUAGGUCUCUUCUCCUCCAAUUCUAAACUACGCACCGCAUUUCUGCAGUUAGUUGCCCAAAGAACUAAAAUUGGUUGACUCGGUACUUAGAUUAUUAUUCCUUUCAACUGAUACCAUUUUUCCCACCAUUUCAUGACUUCAUACUUAUCCAUCCCUCCCUGCCCACCACUCGUGCCAACUCUCAUUCUUUGGAGGAUGAAUGUCGUUUUACUCUCUGUGUAGGAGUCCAUCCUUUGGUCAAGCAGUCCCUCUCUUAUGGAAGGCUAAGCAUCAUGCUGGGCAUGUCUGAGUUGUACAAUAGAUACUUACAAAAUAUCUCUAGGAGUUACUUCAACUUCUGUUGAGACUUUCUGACAAUUUUGGAUGACGGUAACGACUCCCAUAAAGUGAAAGCGCGGAUCGCAGCUUUCAUGAGACAUUAUGAUGCAACUUGCCUUGCCGUGCGUGAAGUACUGCUGCAUCUCAGGACGCCUCAGUGACUGACAAGCAGUCACUUCUCUUG